CCCUAUAAGUAGCACUCACACCAUGGCUAGCUAGCUCUGUGCUUCCCCAGCUGCCGACCUCGUUCACAAAGAGAGAAGGACACCGGAGACAUCCCAGCCAAUUAAGGGUCAGCCAUGGCGGCCGGCGGCGAGGUGUCCAUGUGCACGCCGGCGUUCGCGCGGCGGGUGGUGCAGAGCCGGUGGUUCGUGGUGUUCGCGUCGAUGGUGGUGAUGGCGGCGUCCGGGUCCACCUACAUCUUCGCGCUCUACUCCAAGGUGCUCCGCUCCAAGCUGGGCUACAACCAGGAGACGCUCAACAAGCUCUCCUUCUUCAAGGACCUCGGCACCAAUGUCGGCAUCAUCUCCGGGCUGGUGCAGCAGGUGGCGCCGACGUGGGCCGUGCUGCUCAUCGGCGCCGCCAUGAACCUGGCGGGCUACCUCAUGAUCUACCUCGCGCUCACGGGCCGCACGGCGGAGCCGCCCGUCUGGCUCAUGUGCUUCUACAUCUGCUUCGGCGCCAACGCGCUCACCUUCUCCAACACCGGCGCGCUCGUCGCCUGCGUCAAGAACUUCCCGGAGAGCCGCGGCAUCGUCAUCGGCCUGCUCAAGUCCUUCGUCGGCCUCAGCGGCGCCAUCUACACGCAGCUCUACCUCGCCAUCUACGGCGACGACGCCGCCUCGCUCGUGCUCCUCGUCGCCUGGCUCCCCGCCGCCUUUGACAUCCUCACCGUCUACACCAUCCGCGUCCUGCCCUACACCCGCCGCCGCGACGGCGAGGGCGCCUACAACACGCCCUUCUACCACUUCCUCUACCUCUCCCUCGUCCUCGCCGCCUACCUCCUCGUCAUGAUCGUCGUGCAGAAGCAGGUGCACUUCUCCCACGCCGCCUACGUCGUCACCUCGACGGCGCUGCUCAUCAUCCUCUUCAGCCCCGUCGGCGUCGUCGUCAGGGAGGAGUACAAGGCCGUCUCCCAGCUCGAGGAGUCGCUGCAGCAGCCGCCGGCCAUCGCCGUCGAAGAACCAAAGGCGACCGCCGAUGCCAAGAAGGAGGACGAGCCAUCGCCGCCCUUGUGCGGCGGCGGCGGCAUGGGCGGCUGCAUCACCAACAUGUUCAAGCCGCCGGCGCUCGGGGAGGACUACUCCAUCAUGCAGGCGCUGGUCAGCGUGGAGAUGCUGGUGCUGUUCGUCAUCUCCGUGUUCGGCAUCGGCGGCACGCUGACGGCGAUCGACAACAUGGCGCAGAUCGGCCAGUCGCUGGGGUACCCGGCCAAGAGCAUCAACACCUUCGUCUCCCUCAUCAGCAUCUGGAACUACGCCGGCCGCGCGGGCGCUGGCUACAUCUCGGAGUUCCUCCUCGCCCGGUACCGGUUCCCGCGGCCGCUGGUGCUCACCGUCGUGCUCCUCGUCUCCUGCAUCGGCCACCUCUUCAUCGCCUUCGGCGUGCCGCAGUCGCUCUACGCCGCGUCGGUGAUCAUCGGCUUCUGCUUCGGCGCGCAGUGGCCGCUGCUCUUCGCCAUUAUCUCCGAGGUGUUCGGGCUCAAGUACUACUCGUCGCUCUUCAACUUCGGCUCCGCCGCUAGCCCCGCCGGCGCCUACAUGCUCAACGUCGUCAUCACCGGCCGCAUGUACGACGCCGAGGCCACCAGGCAGCACGGCGGCGUGGCCGCCGUCGGGGACAAGGUCUGCAAGGGGGUGGUGUGCUUCAAGCGCCCCUUCAUCAUCAUAACCGCCGUCACGUUCGCCGGCGCGCUCGUGUCGCUGGUGCUGGUGUGGAGGACCAGGAACUUCUACAGGGGUGACAUCUACGCCAAGUUCAAGGUGGCGCCGGCGGCAACGACCGCUGACGCUGAUGGAAGCAGCAGCAACGGCAGCGUCGAGAUGGUGCAGGGGACGGAGGAGAAGAGCGAGAGGAAGAAAGAGGUGGUCAAUGAGGACUUGUACUAGCUUCAUUCACUGGAGUAUAGCACUGUUUGGAGGAGAUCAGGAGAGGAUGGGGGAGUUGGGGAAUCAGUGUAAUUGUGAAUCUGUCCACACCACCUGUGUUUUUAUCCAGUCUGUUUGCCUGUGCUGUUACACUUAAUGAGGUGCAGAAGUUCUGGGCAUCCAGACAAACCUGUAGGCAUCGUCGACACCAGAAAUUCGGACUUGUGCUCACUUUUGUCUUCUGUUCCAGUAUUCAGUUCACACCAAAACUAUCUCGAGAUUCUUUGGUCAGUCUGCACA